AUGAUCAUGAAUAAUAUCAUACUAAAAAGAUCCCAACUAUUAUUCAAUAGUUUAAACAGCAUAACAAGAACCGCCCAAUUCCAAAGGUCAUUAGCAACCGCCGCGGCAGCCACAGAAUCAUCAUCAUCAUCAUCAUCUCCACGUUUGAAAACUUUUAAAAUUUAUAGAUGGAAUCCAGAUAAACCAGUUGAAAAACCACAUCUACAAUCAUUCCAAAUAGAUUUAAACAACUGUGGUCCCAUGGUUCUUGAUGCCCUUUUGAAAAUUAAAGACGAACAAGAUUCAUCUUUAACUUUUAGAAGAUCAUGUAGAGAAGGUAUCUGUGGUUCAUGCGCCAUGAAUAUAGGUGGUAGAAAUACUUUAGCAUGUCUUUGUAAAAUUGAUCAAAAUGAAUCAAAAGAUUUGAAAAUUUAUCCAUUACCUCACAUGUACGUCGUUAAGGAUUUAGUCCCUGAUUUAACCAAUUUUUAUCAACAAUAUAAAUCUAUUCAACCUUAUUUACAAAGAUCAGAAUUCCCAAAGGAUGGUAAAGAAGUGUUACAAUCCAUUGAAGAUCGUAAGAAAUUGGACGGAUUGUAUGAAUGUAUCCUUUGUGCCUGUUGUUCCACCUCGUGCCCUUCAUAUUGGUGGAAUCAAGAAGAAUAUUUGGGUCCCGCAGUGUUGAUGCAAGCUUAUCGUUGGUUGAUCGACUCAAGAGAUCAAGCUACAAAGGCUAGAAAGACAAUGUUGGAAAAUUCAAUGUCAUUGUAUAGAUGUCAUACUAUUAUGAAUUGUACUAAGACUUGUCCAAAGGGGUUGAAUCCUGGUUUUGCUAUCGCUAAGAUUAAGAAAAGUUUGGCUAUGAUGUGA